GGGAGGGGCAGGCACCCGGGCGGUUGGGUUCUCUGACAGUUGAGGCGGCGCCAAGCCAGAGUGAGCAUGGAGCGGGUGGAGGGCAGCCUGCUGACCAGAAACAGCCUGCAGAAUGUCAGCAGCAGCGGCUACCCCACCUACAGGCCAGUGCUCCCCAGCCGCGUGCAGCGCUUCUACUCCAUGAGUCCGCAGCAGCACCACCUGCAGGAGCGGACCCAGUUCUACGUGCGCGCCUGGUGCAUGGCGCUGCUGGCGCUGGCCCUGGUGCUGACGCUGGCCCUGUCCCCCCUGCACUGGGUGCGCUUCGUGCUGCAGGUGGACAAGAGGAAGCUGCUGGUCGGGCUGUGGGCCUCCUGCGACGGCGACGCCUGCUGGGACGGCAAGCCCAAGGCGCCCUACUAUCUGCAGCUGGCCCGAGCCUUCUACCUCGUGUCUGCCCUCUGCGUCAUCAACGCCAUCACCUGGUUCUGCUUCUGUCUGAGCAGGGAGCACCGAGACAAAGUCUGCAUAGACCUCUGCAUCUCCAUGUCCAGUUUCACUGCAGGCAUCUGCCUCAUCCUCUGCCUCGUCUUCUUCAUGCUCCAGGUGAAGCAGCAUGGCAAGCGCGUGGCCGAGCCCCACUUUCUGCUGCCCUACCGCCUGCACUGGUGGGGCUGCAUCUUCUACAUGGUGGUUGGCUUCAUCUGCGGACUCAAUUACCUGAGCACCCGGUUUGCUGCCACCAACCAGAGCGUCCUCAUGAUCCCCAUGUCCAGGGUGAGGAUGGGAGACUACUCCAUCAUUGAAGUGGGGACCCAGUGGGGCUCCUCGGCCCCCACAAGCCAGACCAAGGCGGGGCCUCAGCUCGGUGUCCAGAGAGACAUGGCCACGCAGACAGAGGUGGACACGCUGUCUGAGCCAGAGACCCCCAGAGCACUGGAGAUGGUAUCUGGACCAGAGACCCCCAGGCCACUGGAGAUGCAGGCCAGGCCAGAGACCCCCAGAGCACUGGAGAUGGUAUCCAGGCCAGAGACCCCCAGGCCACUGGAGAUGCAGGGCAGUACAGAGACCCCCAGAGCACUGGAGAUGGUAUCCGGGCCAGGGACCCCCAGGCCACUGGAGAUGCAGGCCAGGCCAGAGACCCCCAGAGCACUGGAGAUGGUAUCCGGGCCAGGGACCCCCAAGCCACUGGAGAUGCAGGCCAGGCCAGAGACCCCCAGAGCACUGGAGAUGGUAUCCAGGCCAGGGACCCCCAGGCCAUUGGAGAUGCAGGCCAGGCCAGAGACCCCCAGAGCACUGGAGAUGGUAUCCGGGCCAGGGACCCCCAGGCCAUUGGAGAUGCAGGCCAGGCCAGAGACCCCCAGAGCACUGGAGAUGGUAUCCAGGCCAGGGACCCCCAGGCCACUGGAGAUGCAGGGCAGUACAGAGACCCCUAGAGCACUGGAGAUGGUAUCCGGGCCAGAGACCCCCAAGCCACUGGAGAUGCAGGGCAGUACGGAGACCCCCAGAGCACUGGAGAUGGUAUCCAGGCCAGGGAUCCCCAGGCUACUGGAGAUGCAGGCCAGGCCAGAGACCCCCAGAGCACUGGAGAUGGUAUCCAGGCCAGGGACCCCCAGGCCAUUGGAGAUGCAGGGCAGUACAGAGACCCCCAGAGCACUGGAGAUGGUAUCCGGGCCAGAGACCCACAGAGCACUGGAGACGCUGGCCAGCCCGGAGACCCCCAGAGCACUGGAGAUGCAGUCCAGCUCAGAGACCCCCACGGCACUGGAGACGCAGGCCAGCCCAGAGAUCCCGGCUGGGCGCACACAUGCCAGCAAGCACUAGGAGUGGCUGGAGGGUGUCUGCGCCCAGGCCAGCGCCAGGCCCGGCAGAAGAAGCAGGCAGACAGCAUGAGGAGCAGCCAGCAGCCAGAGGCCCACAGGCGCCUGACAGUCACCAGAGGGACUUACCCUGAGACAGUGGUGCUGAGGACAGAGACUGAGGGGCAGGAUGAAGGGGCAGAAAUGCCCUGGAGUGCACCAGAGGAGGGUGGCAAAGCAACAAGGACCACCAGCCUCCCUCCAGGCUCUCCUCUGAGGCCCCGAGGUGUCCCGAGCCUCGGCGGGGAGCUGGGGAGGGCACAGACGUGUCUCGUGGGGCAUCUGCCGUGACAGCUUGCCCUGAUGGUGACAUCUGUGCCUCUGACGGUGACUGCUUAGGCAAAGGCUCUGGCCAUAGACCACCAACAGGCAAGGGGAUGGCACUGUGAUUAAAGCUCUCCAUGCCAGUA